AUGAAAAGGGAUGGCUUAAGGUACGAUGCGCCAAGUUUUGAUCUUUUCAUAGAUGAAGAUACAAGGGUAAAACUAGCAAAAUUAGGUAUCGAGCGGCAUACUUUAACCGCAGAUGAUAUUAGACAAUAUAUUAAUGACUACGUUCAAGCAGCUAAGAACUCUAUUGAAUGUGGAGCAGAUGGCAUUGAAAUUCAUGCAGCUAAUAGUUAUCUUUUAAACCAAUUUAUUGAUCCAAAUUCUAAUAAUAGAACUGAUAAGUAUGGUGGCACCAUUGAAAACAGAUCAAGGUUUAUUUUAGAAGUUGUAGAUGCAAUCGUUGCAGCUAUUGGUGCCGAAAAAGUUGAUAUUAGAUUUUCCCCUUUCCAUUCCUUUGGUGGUAUGUCUCCAGAAGAUGAUCCCCUCAUCAUCUCGCAAUAUACUUGUCUUAUUGGUCAACUAGAGAAAAGAGCUCAAGAUGUCAAAAGGUUAGCUUAUAUUCAUAUAUAUGAGCCUCGUGAUAAUAUAGAUGUCGGUGAAUUAAGUGAAGAAGUUGAAACAUUCCCAAUUGAUUUUGUUUAUUCUGUUUGGAAGGGUAUCAUUAUUAGAACAAGCAAUCUACCCUUGCUUCCAAAUGUAACUAAAACUGUUCUCAAAGCAAAUAGAACUUUAUUAGGUUAUAGAAGAUAUUUUCUUUCAAAUCCAGACUUGGUAGAUCGUUUAGAAAAUGGUUUGCCUUUAAAUAAUUAUGACAGAGCUACUAUGUUUACUCAAACUAAGGCAGGUUAUAUUGAUUAUCCAACUUACGAUGAAGCUCUUAAAAUGAAUUGGUAG